AUGUCGGGGCACAGGAGAAACGGUAGGAGCAACCGCCGCACUGAUGAGGGCGAGGAUGAGGACCGCCGUCGCGAGCUCGAAGUGAGCACCAGCGGCCGCCGCAGAGGCAAUACAGAGAUCAAUGUCGGCCGACGGCACGAAUCCCACGACAGCAGCCGUCACUACAACGCCAACAGCCGCAACUACGACUCGCACGACCGCAGCUACGACUCCAACGACCGCAACUACGACUCGCACGACCGUAACUACGACUCCAACGACGUUCACUACCAUCAUCACGUUCAUCACCACGGCAGCCAGAACUCCGAUCCCAACCCCUCCGACAAGAUCGAGAACCUUCUCGACGACAUUGCGCAGUCCCGCGCGCGCAACCACAAGACCUACGCAAAGCUCGAAGCCCUCUACCGGCAGUCUGAAGAGGCCAGGAACCAGGAGGCGAGGUGCCAGGAGAGGAUCACCAGCCUCCUCGUCAAGCUCCAGCCCAGCGAGGCCCACUGCGCGCGCCAGAAGGACCUCAUCCGGCACCUCAAGCCCCAGGCGGACCAGGCCGCCGGCUACGUCUGGUGGCCCGCAAACUACGAGCAUGCCCGGUGCUACGAGGAGAUUAUGAACGAGCCCGCCCUCGUUGAGGAGCCUGCCCUGCCUGCCCUGCCAGCCCUGCCUGCCAUGCCUGCCCUGCCGCUUGCUCCUGCUCCCGUUGCUGGGCUUUUGGGGGAUGUGAAUGAGCAGCCUGUGCCCCCGACGUCUUGA